UUGUUUAAAGAAGCUGUAGCGUUAGUCUCCAUAAAUCUCAGUUACUGCGUGCUGCAUCCACAGGUGGAAGCUGCUGUCCAGAAGCUGCUUCUCUCUCUUGAUGGAGGACAGGUGGCAGUCGAGGGCUUGAGGGUCUUCCUGAUUCUCAACGAGCUCCUGUUUGCGAUGCAGAAACACAGGCGGCCGCGCAGCGUUCAGCUCUCUGAGGGGGUCGCUGCAGCCGUGCAAAGUCUCCCCGCCGAGAGCCGCCAGAUUUUAGGUAAAUUACAGAUUAUUAAAGAGCACCAGGCGUCUCCAGAGGACCCUUUUGGGCUUUAUGGAAGCCCCUCCGAACUCUAUUUUGAACUGAAUCUGAAUCGAGCCUCGUUUUUGGAGGACGCCUUCAGACAGCUGGCGGCUGCUCGUCCCGCCGAUCUGAAGAAACCCCUUUUUGUCUACUUCGACGGAGACCCAAAGAUCACAAAUGUCUACAGACAGGACUUCUUCCACCAGCUGUUCAGAAACAUUGUGAAAGCCAAACCCCACAUGUUCCUGCAAAACCAGACAGAUUUCUACCUGUUCGGGAUCCUGUGCGGACUGGCCCUGUACAACAAGAGCAUCAUACACUCCCACUUCCCUCUGGCUCUGUUCAAGAAGCUGCUCCACGUGGAGCCCACGCUGGAGGACAUGAUGGAGUUCGAGCCCGAAGUUGGAAAGAGCCUGCAGGCCGUCCUGAGCAGUGAGGACGACCCCGACAUCGACUUCGUGAACGCACAAUACGACGGGUUCUACUAUCAGAAUCACCCCAACAUCCUCCGGUUCUGGGAGGUUUUCAACGAGCUGGAGGAAGAAAAGAAGAAAGACUUCCUUUGGUUCCUGACAGGCUUUCGGAGGGUUCCCAUCCUGGGAAUGGCUGAGGUCAGGAUGACGGUUCGGCUCCAAGGAGUCCUGACCGGUUCCCCUGACGAGCAUCGCCCCGAGGCCCUGACCUGCUACUCCUACCUGGAGCUGCCUCUGUACUCCAGCAAAGCCGUCAUGAGGAAGAAGCUGAUGGAGGCUUUGGACCCAGAGCGAGGAUUCAGAGCCGAACGCUGA